GGAACAUGAGAUUUGUUGAAUAAACUCACGAGAGGAAGGAAGAUAAAAGAAAAAGGAAAGCAGUUGAGAACAAAUAACAUGGGGCUUAUCGCAUGUUUGCUUCACGCAAGCAGCUAAAUGUGGGGGUUAAGCCUUUGCUCUCUCGCGUGGCUUUAAAGACUUCUUCUAUAUAUCCUUUUAUAUCACUACCCAUUAAAAAACCAAAAAAACCCACACCCACCAAACCCUAAAACACCACCACCCUCCUCCUCCUCCCUCCUCCCUCCUCCCUCCUCCUCCUCAAGUACUACCCCACAAACCCUAAUUAUGUGAUAAUCAUCAUACCCAAAACAGAAAGCAGAAAAAGAAAGAGAGAUCGAUAACCACACAAAAAAACAAAUGAGUGCAAACCCUACUAGUAGCGGCGGAAGUGGCGGCGGAAGCAGCAGUGGCGGUGGGGGCGGCGGCGGAGGGCCAUGCGGUGCUUGCAAGUUUUUGCGGAGGAAGUGCGUGCCGGGGUGUAUAUUUGCGCCAUACUUUGAUUCGGAGCAAGGCGCAGCCCAUUUCGCAGCCGUGCACAAGGUGUUUGGUGCGAGUAACGUAUCCAAGCUUCUUUUGCACAUUCCUAUCCACAAGCGGCUCGAUGCGGUGGUGACAAUAUGCUAUGAGGCUCAGGCUCGGCUUAGAGAUCCUGUAUACGGCUGCGUUGCUCACAUCUUUGCUCUUCAACAACAGGUGGUGAAUUUACAAGCAGAACUCUCGUACUUGCAAGCCCACCUUGCAACAUUGGAGCUACCAUCGCCACCACCCGCUCCACCACCUCCAACAGCGAUGACACCGCCGCCACUCUCAAUCGCGGACCUCCCUUCAGCCUCUUCCAUGCCCGUCACAUAUGAUUUAUCGUCACUUUUCGAUCCCAUGGUGCAACCCUCGUGGGCCAUGCAGCAGCGGCCCAUGGAUCCACGUCAAUUAGGAGGCGGCGGUUCGUCGUCAAGUGGUGGCGGUGGCGACCUCCAAGCGUUGGCACGAGAACUCCUCCAUAGACACGGGUCUGCACCCCCCGGAUCCACUUCCUCAACAUCACCAACUCUCUCCAAAUGAGACUUCCCGUUGAUCAAAUGCUAGGAAGAGAGCUUAAUUAAUUAAUUUCCAUGUUAUAAUGGGAAGUAAUUUUAGUAACUGAGCUGUAUUCCUUUUUAUUUUCAA